ACAUGCUCAGAGGAGGAAGUGUGUUAGAAAUGGCAGCGUAUCUGCUUCUGUUUACUCUGCAGCUGCUGUUUGGUCUCAUUAGGCCGAGUCUCCUUCAGAACAUUUCAGCUGAUCUCAUAUCUGUUUCUCCAGGAGCAAACAUCACUCUGCUCUGUAACAUCACUAAUUACUCAGCAAUAUCCUGGUAUCAGAUGAUCUCAGCAGAGUCGAGGCGGAUUAUAUCAGCCAGACAAAGCAGCCUGAACAAACACUUUUAUGUGGAUUAUAAUGUAGAUGAGAGUCACUUUUAUUUAACAGAAAGCAGCAGUUCAGUCAGUUUAGUGAUUAUUGGAGUUCGAGAGACGGAUCUGGGGUUUUAUUACUGUGGAGGACGAAAUGAUGAGACACACAUUCAGUUUGGGAAACUCAUCAGACUGAACUUUACAGGUGGCAGCAAUAAUGGAUCUUCAUCUGAGGCUUCAGAUUCACAGCCGCCUGCUAGAAAUGUUAACGACUGGAUUAGAAAUGUGAUUGUAAUGUGUGUGUGCUUCGUCUCCGUCCUAAUAACCAUCUGCAUGUGUGUGUUCUGCAGCAGGGUUCUAGGAAAAUUAACAUCAUGCAGCUUCUUCAGUCACACCACCGACUCCACUGAUAAGAAUGAAAGCAUUCAUUAUGCCAGUGUUCAGCACAAAAGAAGAUCCAGAACAUCUGCUACGAAAAACACAUCAGAUCUGGACAGUGUGAUCUACGCAAGUGUCGCCUCACAGCCACAGAGACACUGA